UGGGUAAGGCCCAUAGUUGGGAUUCGUUGACAUAAUCCGAGCAAUACACAGUGUAUUUAUGUAAUCUGGGAUCCAUAUAAAGUCCGAAUGCAAAGCGAAUUAAAGACAGUUGCUGAUAGUCUCUUGUGAAUACAUUUGUCCACUUCAUAAAAAAAUGCUUGGGAUAAGAGUGCUAGUGGCGUAUAAUAUCAUUUUAUAUGGCAGUUUCCAUGGAGAGUGUGCUGCCAUACACAAAGAUAAUACAUUUAACUCAACAGAUGAAGCUUCAAAAAACUCCCUUAUUCAAGCUCAAUCGAUAGGGAGAAUCGUAAACCGCUCAAGUCAUAAGGAAAUUAAUCAGAACAUCCUGCCACCGCCAAGUUAUAUAGGUGAUAUAACUCGUACAUCGAGUGCUGAUCAGGAAGACCCUGGUCCCCAUGAUGUACCCCAAAUACUUGCUGCUCCAGAGCAGAAGAUCGAUGGAAACCCAGCAGCCACUCAUAUAAAGUACGGAUCGCAAAUAAACACUCAAUCAGAUUUUCAAUUGCAAAUACAACACCCACGGCCAGUUCAGCACAUACAUUACCACUACAUUGUGCCCAAUACCACACCAAAACCGACCAUAAGUUAUGUGGCUCAAGCUCAAUCUGACUUCAACGCCCACAAUGCCUAUUCAGAAGGUCAAGCAUACUCGUCAAUCGACCCUCGGCCAUCACACAUCAUUGGAAACAAUCUGCAGCAUAGCAAUCGAGUUGUGCCUUUAUACACAGCGGUGGCCCAUGGUGGAUUCCCUUACGAUUCGCCGGAUGAGCACCAGGGUCAGGCAUCUGAAAAUACAUCGGUCUACGAAUUCAGAGAUCCUGGCAAGACUGUAGAAGAUGACUUCCACAGAGAGGAGGCUUUACUGAAAACAAGCUCGGAGUUAUCCAUAAACCCGCCAAUUUCUGACCAUCAAGUGGAUGCAGUUAGCCCAAUUUCGAAUCAGACGGAAGUUUACUUUAUUAAGUACUACAACAAAACUGCCACUUCACCUGAAUCCCAGACCGUAAGUGAUACUUCAAGUGAGGUUUCAGACGGCAGUGGCCUAAUAGACAUUAGGUUAGGUAUUUCUGAAAUUCUGGAUAAGGAAAUAAAGAGUACCACUCCAUCUAAUGGGUACUCAGCAUACAACGUUCCAUUGAAUUAGCACACAACUUAAGAAUGUAAAUUAUUCAAAACUUAA